AUGCCUUCAACUCCCACUUCCACCCGUGCAUGGAUCGUCGCCAACUACCCUAAAGGCCUGCCGACGUUUACAGUUCCAGAAGGCGAUGCCAAUGCCAAUGCCACAUUCAAGCUCGUCGAACGACCGCUGCCGGCACUGGGCCCGGAGCAGGUCCUGGUGAAGACUCUCUUCCUGUCCAACGACCCGGCACAGCGCGUUGGCAUUGAACCCUCCAUCCCGCCGGAACGGCUGUACACCCCGCCCGUGAAGCUCAACGAAACCAUGUCCGCCCUCGGUCUGGGCGAAGUCAUCGCUUCCACCGCAGCCAGUCUACCCGUAGGGUCCAUCGUCUACACCCGACCAGGAUGGACAGAAUAUGCCGUCUUAGACGCCGCCGCGUGCCAGCCUCGAACCCCGCUCCCCAACGGACUCAGCAUCACCCACUAUCUCGGUGCCUUUGGCGGCCCAGGAUUGACGGCGUAUUAUGGUCUCGUUGUCAUCGGAGAGGCCAAACAGGGCAUGAGAGUUGUCGUGUCUGGAGCUGCCGGCGCCACAGGCAGCAUGGUAGUCCAGGUCGCAAAGAAUAUCGUCGGCUGUUCCCAAGUCAUCGGCAUUGCCGGCUCCGACGAGAAAUGCCGCUGGGUCGAAUCCCUCGGCGCAGAUAUCUGUCUGAACUACCGCCGCGCCACGUUUGAACAAGACCUAGUCAAAGCGACGGACGGGUUCGUCGAUGUAUUUUUCGACAAUGUCGGCGGCCACAUCCUCGAUCUCAUGCUCGCCAGACUCAAGAGAAACGGCGUCGCCGUCGCCUGCGGCUCGAUAUCAGCAUAUAACUCCCAAGAACCGACCGUGUUGAAAAACUAUUUCCAAGUUAUCACCAUGCGUCUCUCCAUCCGCGGCUUCAUCGUCAUGGACCACCUCGCCAAAGCGAGCGAGACGCUCGAGCUGUACUCGCGCGCGGUGCAGGAAGGCAAACUCAAGAUCUCGGACGCUAACGAGCAGGUCGUGCCGACGAGGUUCGAGGAUAUUCCGAAGACGUGGUUGAGGUUGUUUGAGGGCGGGAAUACGGGGAAGUUGGUCACCAAGUUGAUCCGAAUUGAAAAUAAUAUAAUACUAUAA